AUGUUGAGUUGUUAUUGAUGUUGAAGUUUUUCUGUCUCUGAAAUAUCGGAUCGCCGGUAAAAUUUUAACUUUUAGGUAGUAUCACAGAAGCAAUUGGAUCGGACAUGAUUUCAAGAAAAUGAAUAGUUGAAGGUAAUGGAGACGUCCUGUCGUGUAAACGGAGUUUGAAUUCGUGGGACAAACGAACAUACUUCGAAGCUGUGUACAUUAAGUUUUAUCAUCAGGCAAGUUUCAAGAAGCUGUAGGUUUACGAUAUUGUUUUUUCCCUGAAGGCGUCGUUGGAUUGUAGAAGACGUCAUCUUCGGUGAGCAAAAGUUCUUCUGAUAUAUUCUCUAGCCCUUAGUACGUGUAAACAAUUUGUAAAUUAAGGUGAACGCUCAAUUAGCCUAAUGCUCAACACUACAGCAAGUUUUAGUUGUCGAUGAUGAACAUAUGUUCUUACAUAGUUGAAUAAUGCUAACGUUUAGAUUGGAACUGGAAGGAAGGCUUACAAAAAGUUGUUUUAUUCCCCAACAACACAAAUAUUUUGCUGUCUUAUGUAAGCUUUUUAAUACAACAUGUAGUCAAUCACAUCCUACAUGUACUUUGAUUAUUCAAACAGUCACGAUGAAAGCACGAGCACUUACAAUUAUAUCUUCUUACAUGUACAUGAAAAAGGAAAAGUUUGGAUUCCACAUUGCUUCUGAAGAUUUAAAUAUUUUGUGGAGUAGUAAAACUUCAGGAAUGCUUUUGUAACAAAAAGCAAUUUGUUAAUUAAUAGACACAAAAGAUGCAGUGUAACAGGGGAUGGGGAUGGUGGAUAGCCUUUCCUCUUUAUCUUUCUAUUCUAACACUAAAAACUCUCUGACCCUGUUAUAUUACAGUUGAGGAAGAAACUCCUGUAUGAUAUAGAUAGGGUGACUUUUCUCCCACUUAGGGUUGUAAAUUGUAUAGCGUGGCCUCAAGUAGAGGGUUCAUGGUCAAGUCGCUUAAAGUCAUCUUACCCAAAGUUGUAUCCUCUGACACCAGAGUUAUUGUCCAAAAUUUAUAGUUAAGUUGCCCAAAAUGCUGAAUUAUGUUGCCCCAAAAUAGGAAAGUUUUGUAGUCCCCGUAGGCCCUUGGACAAGGGACUUCUUAGCAUCAUAAUUGCGAGACUAAUGCAUGUCAACUUCUUGACAAAAACAAAAACAAACAUACCAUAGGUAAGUUGCAGCUGAGUUGCUAGAAAAUGAUAGAAGUCAUGAAAAGAGUAAGAUGUCAAAGCUUGAACUUCACCAGUGAGCUAAAGGGAUAUCCAUUUCAAACAAUAGAACUGAAGGAAGAGCUGGUUGUACUAACAGGGAAAUGCGAUGAAACGAUGGAGCCAAAAGAAGAAGUAAACUCUUUAAGCUUGAAAAUGGUUAAAUUAAUUGUUAAAAUGAUAAUAUUCCAUUCCCUCUUUUUUCAAACCUCUUAUUGUUCUACUUUACUCUUGUGUAUGUCUCUAAAAUGGAGUUUAAACUACUCAGGAUAUCCUCUGUAUAUAAUUCUGUGUUCUUAUUGAGUGAAAUUUGCAUACUUCAUUUUUCUACAUGUCAUUGUGACUGAAUAUUUUGACACUUGUAAUGUAGCUUAAUGUUUUAAAUUAGACUGUCUUGUACCUUUGAAGUCAUCUUUGUUCAAAUGCAAGUUUAUCCUAAGAGAAGUUAAUGAUCACUGACAAUGACAUUAAAAUGGCUCCAGGGUAUUACCUUGUUUAAGAAUUUUGAGACCAUCUUCACAUUUUAUUGAACUCACUCACUAACCAGUUAAUUACUCGUGUUUGUUUGUCUUCUUGGUAAUAAGUUACCAGCAUUAGCCUUGCUUUCACUCGAAACAAGCACUCAUCCUAGGCCAAAAUGUUUCUAUUUAUCAUGCUCAACAACAUCCUAACACCUUUAUCAAGCAUAUGUUGUCUCAUCAAAUCUUAAUGAAUAAGGUAUAUUACUCACAGACUGCGCUUUUUUUGUUUCAUCAAGACUUAAAGAACGAGAUACAUUACACAUUCCGGCUUGUUUUGUCUGAUCAUUGUUGCAAAAAAGAAAUAUGUUACAAAAUUAUGCUGCUUGUUUUGUCUCAUUAUCACUGAAACAGGGAGAUACAUUACACAUUAAUCUUGCUUGUUUUCGACAUAACUUUACAUUUUGGGCAACUUAACAAAAAAUUUUGGGCAACAUAACUCUGGUUUCGGACGAAAUAACUUUGGAUGAGAUGAUCUUUGGGUGACUUGACUGGUUACCAUUCAAAGAGGGAUGGCUGUUUCAUAGGUUAGAACUAUUUUAUGGUGGACAAUAAAAUUUCGGUACAGCUACCAAAGGACUUUAGGACAGAUUUUUGUAGAAGCAUGAAAACAUCAAAACAUGUGCUCUGGCUAAAUCUUUAAAAAGAGUAAUCAUUUUUAACAUAGGUGAAAGCUGUCAUUAAGGGCUGAACCAGUAUAACACUUGUUACGGCUGAGCUCACUUAAUGUUACAGGUGAUAGUGGAAAGCUAAAGGUGGCACUUUAAAUUUUUGUCAGAUGUUACAGGUGAAUCUUCAUUUGCUAUGGCUGCUUCAAAAAAACAAAAAUUCGCUUUAUUUGAGUGUCAAUUUAUUUAGCACGAAAGUACUAAUUGGUGACACUAUUUUUGCAUCUCCUACGGGAGACGGGACCGCCAUUUUACGUGAUCAUCAAGGCUGCGCAAAGGUCUAGCCAUUUGCAGGGUAUGAGCAAAGGCAAUACCUUCAUUUCUCAGUUAUUUUAAGACCCCGAGUAUUGGUCUGGUCCCAGGAAUCAAACCCACGACCUCCCUGCAGUCAAGCGCUCUACCGACUGGGCUAAUUCUGUGCUUCAAAACUUAACAAGAGCCCUGAUAGGGUUUCAUUAGCCUGUGCCACGGACAGAACUAAACUUCUGGUCAGGUCUGUCUGCAAAACAGAGUUUAAAGACACAGGCUAGGGUUUCAUCUUAAACAUUAUUGUCCACCAGAUUUCUGAAAUAACUGAUUGUUAGAGUAUAUAUAAUUCCAAUGUAUUGCUAUCUCAGUCUGUCUAUUUUCUGGGAUACAGUGUAGGACUAGCUUUACACUCUGUAAAAAAAGAGUCCUCUGCAUCCUGCAGCACAAUGUAUGCCUUUUUUCUUGAGGUAUCUUGUUAAUAUUUUGUUGCAUCUACAAUAUCUUUUUUUUACCUUACCAGUAACCAGUCACAGUAUGGAAACAAGCCCUCAGCCACAAGGUGAAGAAAAGAUGGUGAUCCCACCAUACAGGAGCCCGGAAUGUCAUAACAAGUCGUUCCAAGUUAUGAACACUUUACGUGAACAGAAUCAACUUUGUGAUGUGUUGUUGAAGGCUGCAGAUAAUGAGAUUCCUGCACAUAGAGUUGUUCUAGCAUCUUCUAGUCCUUAUUUUUUUGCAAUGUUCACUGGAGAACUUUCAGAGAGUAGACAGACAGUUGUAACUAUGCGUGAGAUUGACAGCCAUGCUCUUGAGCUUUUGGUACAGUAUGUGUAUACUGCAGAGAUAGAGGUUACAGAAGACAAUGUUCAGGUGACAUAUUUUUAAUUGCAUUCUUUUUAGGAGUUAAAUUUUUCCAACUUCAUAUCAUGGGUGACAAUAGCUUGCACCAGAGAUGAAGCUAAACUCUAUCUGCAAAACAGUGCUGAAAUCCUUGUUCUGGGCCCUCACCUGUGUAUCAGGAUUUGAGUUGACACAAUGAAUGGCCUACUAAAAAAGCCAUGGCAUCAUUGAUUUACCAGUCAGGAUGAAAUGAAAUUUGAAACUCAAUUUUGGUAAUUUGUUGAGUUCAUUGGGGUGCUGAACAAGGAUCUAUGCGCUACUUCACAGACAUUACUAACUGAGGUUAAAUUACAAGCAUCAAUGUAUAAUUCAACUUGUGAAAUUACAAUGUUGCUUUGGCAGCUUUUCCUACAGUAUGUAUUUUCUUAUAAAAGCCAGCUCAUGUCUUACUCAUUUCUUUAUUUCUCUCUAGGUUCUACUUCCUGCUGCCAAUCUUCUUCAGUUAACAGAUGUGCGAGAUGCUUGCUGUGAUUUCCUUAAAGCUCAGCUUCAUUCUACAAACUGUUUAGGAAUCAGGGCAUUUGCUGAUAUGCAUUCUUGUGGUGAUUUAAUGGCUGCAGCUCAUUCCUUUGCAGAGAAACACUUCAGUGAAGUUAUUGUGGCGGAUGAAUUCCUGGGCUUACCAGGAUUGCAAGUACAGGAGCUUAUUUCCAGUGAUCAGCUUACAGUUCCUUCAGAAGAGAAGGUAUAACAUGGUUUAUCGCCAUCUAAACAGUAUUGUCAGUAAUAACCGUUUUUAUACGGCUGAAUUCGCGAGUACAUCAACUGCAGGCAAAUUGAAGCGAAUCCUUAGCCUGCAAAGCAGGAGUACAUGUAUUUUGCAGAGCGCACGAUGUUUUCCCAGUAUGCUGCUAUGUGGAUGUUUAAAGGGCAUGUAAACCCAAAAAUACAAGUUUAUCCCCUAAUAUGUAAAAAAGUAUUCUAAAAACGAUUUUGCUAUUAUUUUCUGCCAAUUCGAUGCCCCUAAGGCGAAAACACGGCUUUUUCUACGACAGAUUAACUUCCGGUUAACAAUAUGAAAUUACCUGUGACGUAACGAGUGGAACCAGUCUAUUGCGCAACUUGAUUAUCACUAUUGCGGCUCGAUCGAGCGAUAAGUGAGAGUUCGGAUAGUUCAGAGCAGAAUUCAUCCGACGAAAGUGAUUUUUACGACGUAAAUUUAUAUGACAGCGAUGUAGUUGAAACUUCAGAGCCUUCUGAAGACACAGGCCCGCGUCCCUAUCGUUAUGAGCCUCGCAGAGUUCAACGAGAUGAUGGACAACAACAACAACAAAGCCGUGAGGACGAAACCGAAAGUCAGACGGAUCGUCUUGGCAACACAGACUGGUAAUUUUUUUUUUGUGACUUAAAUUGUAUUGCUUAUACCUUUUGACUUUAUUUUGGAGUAAUUUUAUCAUGAGACUAAGAUCAACUCAAGCCAUUAUGAAAGAGGUCCUUACUUUUUUAUUGUAAUUUAGGUGUGGAAUGUGUCAGAUGAUGCCUUCAGUACCCGAAAACGUAUGUUGUCAUGAAAGAGGGCAAAUAUGGCAAAAAAUUGAAGAGCAGACGGAGGUCCAAAUGUCCUGUAUAACAGAACAUCCAGGAUUUCAGUCUACUUGCUUGGAUGUGAGGGUCCUUGAAACGGCGUAUUAUGCAUAUAGGCAACAACAUGACACAGACAGUCAUAGAGGGCACGAGUAUGUUUACUAGUUCUGAAAUUUUCACUAUAUACAUAAAAAAAUUAUGAACAGUUUAAAUAUGACUGCAUAUUCGUAGUUACAUAUUUAUUCCAACAUUUUUCCUCUCGUUCGUGUCUAGAAAAUUUCGCUACAUCGCUUAUCGCCAACUUGUGCGAUGGUGUUGGGGUUAUCUUGGCAGAAAAGUAAGAGUGGCGCUCCCUUCCUGUGCAGUAAACAAAAUACGCCAAAGAUUUCCUGCGGAUUUUGGCACCUCCUACAUUGGUUUACAGCCACCAAACCUGCAAUAAUUAACCUAUGUUUUAACGAAUAAGAAUAAAAGUAAGAAAAAAAAAGCAAUCAAACAAAGUGCGAUAUCUCUUCAAAAACAUAACCAGUGUACGGCGGUACGUUACUUUGACGGACUCCCCUCAUAUUCUUCAAUGUCGUCCUCGGCUUCCUCAAGAGACAAAUCAGUCGGUUGAACAUAAUCGAAAUCUUUGUCAUCGUCCACGCUGCGUCCUCCUAGACUUUUAACAGGGCUGCAUUCUGGUGUAUUAGUGCUUAAAAGAGCUGUAACUAUAAGGUCGCACUGCACUUGAAAAUCGUCUCUCAAGGGUUCUAAUUGUGUGCCUGCUGGAUAGAGAUUCUACAUUAGAUUAUCGGUUAGGGGGCAAGAAAAAAGCGAGGUAAGAUUAUGUGUAAGCGUAACCUACCUUUACCUAUAGACGUUUCGUGUAGAAUAUCACAUUGAACUGCUACCUCUUAAUGGGUGAUGUCACAUCUUCAGAGCAAGGACUUGUUUCAGUGUCGACGGGCAUAGACUCAGAAGCUGACGUGACGGCGUUCGCCGCGACGGAGGCACGUUUGUUACCGCCCAAUAUCUGUGAGAAAAGAUUGAAUAAACUUGAGGAAGGGGGAACGGUUAAUACUGACCAAACCAAAAAAAAUCCUUCUUAAUUAUUACAUUGGCGUACUUACCCUAGAAACUGAUAACUUGUGUGCACCUCUACUUGUUCGUGACCUUUUGCCAGAAGUCUGACUCGCAGGCGCCGAUAUUUCUUUUUCUUCGCUCUCCAUAGUCCGCUAAUUUACGCGCUUCGGGCAAUACUUCGGGUGUCUGGGACUGAAUUGCGGGCACCGAAUCGCUUUUCAAAUUGUUUCUUUUAUCUUUGAGUCCCAUUUUUACCAUCCCAUAAUCCUCGAAACAUUCGUGUGCAAAAUGAGCGCCACAGAUUAUGGAGUGUUCCGUAGGUUGUAAGAAGUCUCCACAUUUAAUCCACUGGCGCCGAAUUCUUUCUUCUUUUGGAAAAAAUGAGUAAAAUGCCCUGUUUUGUUCGAGUUGUUACAAGAUCCAACGACACACCGCUUUACCAUUGUCAAACCAAAAAAAUAUUCUUGUAGGAAACUAGACAACACACGUGUUCGUAAAGGUCCCAAAGAUGUUUUUGACUUCCGAUGGGCAGAGAUUCCACUCGUGACGUCACAACAAAGAUGGCGGAAUCAAAAUGGCGAACGAAGUGAACUUUCAGAGGUGAUUUCUCGGGUCAAAAUGCGCUUGUAUCGAAAAGAAGAUAGAAGAUUUAUGAAGUACUUUCGGUAUACAUCCUACUCAUAUCAAACAAAAUUGUAGCAUUUUUGGGUUUACAUGCCCUUUAAACUGACGGAGAGUUGGGGCGAGUCAGAAAUGAUUCCAAGGGAGAAGCUGACGGGUUAAAAUAGAGGAGGGGAGGGGGAAGGAGAGGGAAAAAAUCCCCUUUUCUCCCCGUCCUCCCCCUUGUUGCCCCUCCUCCGUUUUUUAAUUUCUUUCAAGAUGACGGUCGCAAUCAAGGUAUCCCUGAGCUUUUAUUUAAAAAAAAACGCGAGCUCUGCAGGCUAGCGAAUCCUGUGCUCUGAUUGGGCCCAUCUUGCCUUGCUCGGGAUUUCCCGCGGUAGUCUGGCAAGCAAAAGUUUUCUUUUUGGCCAUAUGAUCCUUUCUUACCAUGCUCGGUGUUUAUUUUUACGUUUUAACCAUAGGCUCGAUUUCCGCCGUCUCCGGGUCCGCUCUUUCGGGGGGAUGAGUGCGGGCUCAUUUUCCCGAACAGCGGCUGGUAAUCGAGCCUAUUUUAACCACAGCAGUGAAGUAAAUGUUUUAGUAUAAUAUUUUUAUCAAAGGCAGUACCGCUGUUUCUCUGGCAGAGAGGGUUUCGCCUGGCUUGCAAUUGGCAGAACAAUAAGUGAUGUUAAUAAAUUAAUUGUCUUUUUAAAAAUUUCCAGGUAUUUGAGGCAGUAGUUGCUUGGGUCAAUCAUGACCCUGAACACCGACAAGACUGUCUGGCACAGUUGAUGGAGCAUGUGCGGCUUCCUCUCCUGUCACGUGAAUACCUUGUGAGCCGCGUGGAAACAGAAGCGCUCGUUAAAAAUAACAACAUGUGCAAAGAUUUCUUGAUCGAGGCUAUGAAGUAUCACUUGCUCACAAAUGACCAGCGGUCUUCGGUGCAGUCACCCAGAACGCGCCCCAGGACUCCGAUUGGCUUACCGAAAGUUAUGUACGUUGUGGGAGGCCAGGCACCUAAAGCAAUUCGAAGGUAAUUUGUGCAGUUUCCGACCCUGUUCUGCAUGGACCGAGCUACCCUGGGAAAACAGCUGACAUCUCGCGACGCCACUACUGCUCUCCCCGUAAAAUGACGUUUGAAAACACGAACGCAGAAUUUCGAUCCUGAUUGGUCGUGCCGCUCGUGAAAUUUGCUUCAGCCAAUCUGAAGCACUACCCAGAUCUGGAUAGUGACGCGUCAUCAGUAUGGAAAUUUUGCGCUCGUUUCUCAGACGUCGUUUCGCGGGAAAAUUAGUGGUGGCGCGAAAUGUCGACUGUUUAAACCUUUUUCUUACCGUUAUGUGUAAUUCAGGCUUGUUCAGGCUCGUUUGAAUAAAGAGUAGUGCAAGAAAUUGCUCGCACCGAAAUUCAGUCGUAUUUAGUAUUUCCCUCCCGCUAGGGCUAGAAUUCAUCGGAAAAAAUUACAGUCACAGUCGAAAUUUGGUACAGGUUUAAGACUUGCUUUGCCAUACAAAACAAAAGGGAUAUUUGAUGAUAGCGUUUGUUUCACACCAGCAAGUGUCUGCUGAAAAAAGAAAAAGAAUAAAAAUGAUCGUAAAUGUGCUUCGUUGUCUGGUCUGCCCGUAAAGUAGAAUCAAUGUAGUAUGCGAAAUUGGCAAUUUUCUGCGGAGAAAGUAGACUAAAUUAUUUUAACUGUGAAACGUUUCAAGAAGCUUUGUCAUAGGGUGAACUUAUUUUAUUUUUUAUAUAUUAAAUUAAAAGAAAUUUUAGUCCGUUCGACGUUAGUGGGUUUCACUGUAAAUUUAUCGUAGAAUUUUAUAAUUUACUUUUACUGUGUUAUGAACUUACUUCUGUAUCUUUUUAUUUUUCUAGUGUGGAAUGUUACGAUUUCAAAGGAGAGCAUUGGUACGCUGUUGCAGAAAUGAACUCCCGCCGUUGCCGCGCCGGUGUGGCCGUUUUAGACGGUCUGGUGUACGCCGUGGGCGGCUUCAACGGUUCCCUUCGUGUCCGGACCGUAGACUGUUACGACCCUGUCAAAGAUCAGUGGCGUCCUGUGGCAUCUAUGGAAGCGCGUCGUAGCACGCUAGGCGCCGCUGUGAUGAACGGCUUAUUGUACGCCAUAGGCGGGUUUGAUGGCACGACAGGACUGAACACGUGUGAGGUAUAUGAUCCGAAGCUUAACGAAUGGCGCUCGAUCUGCUCGAUGAGUACCCGACGAAGCAGCGUCGGAGUCGGCGUCCUGAAUAACAUGCUUUUCGCUGUCGGCGGUUACGAUGGCGCCUCAAGACACUGUCUUAGUUCGGUCGAGUGUUACAAUCCGAAUUCAAACGAGUGGAGUUUAAUGGCAGAAAUGAGCACGCGCCGAAGCGGCGCUGGUGUAGGUGUGGCAGAUGGACUCUUGUACGCUAUUGGUGGACACGACGGGCCGCACGUGCGAAAAAGCGUGGAAUGUUUUAACCCUGAUGUGAACCAAUGGCGUCCUGUAGCGGACAUGAGCAUGUGUCGAAGGAAUGCAGGGGUGGCUUCAGUGAAUGGCUUGCUGUUUGUUGUAGGGGGAGACGAUGGAUCUAGUAACCUGUUUUCAGUUGAAGUUUAUAAUCCUCGGACAGACCAGUGGGGAUUACUUCCAACGUUUAUGACAAUAGGGCGAAGCUAUGCUGGCGUGGCCGUCAUAGACAGGCCCAACACUUGACCCGCGUUUUCUGUCU